AUGGAUACUAAGUCUGAGAAAUACUCAGAUAUCGAGAUUGAAGAUGUUCAACAAAUCACUUGGACAGAAAAGGAAGAGGCAACAGUCCGCUGGCUGCUCGAUUUUCGUGUCGUGCCAAUCAUGUUUAUCCUUUAUCUCCUGUGCUUUCUCGACAGUAAUGCCCGCAUUCAAGGGCUACAGGUCGACCUCAAUCUUAAUGGAUACCGAUUCAACUGGGCUCUUACAAUUUUUUAUGUCGGAUACUUUCUCGUCGAGAUUCCAUCCAAUGUGCUUCUCAAGAUCAUCGGGGCCAAGUACUAUCUCCCGUCAUUGGUAAUCGCGUUUGGCCUGGUCUCAAUGUGUACAGCUUUUGUCCACGACUAUCCAGGAUUGCUGGCAUGUAGAUUCUUCCUCGGUUUCGCGGAGGGCGGACUUAUGCCCGGCAUCUCAUAUUAUCUCACCUGUUUCUAUAGACGGUCCGAGCUUCUCCUUCGAAUAGGCUGGUUUGUUAAUGGGGCAUGUCUAGCCGGCGCCUUCGGCGGUCUUUUUGCAGCAGGCCUCAGCCAAAUUCCACGCUGGGGCGUUGAGAGUGUCCAAAUCCAUACAUGGAGGAAUAUCUUCCUCUUCGAAGGUAUUCUAACAGUCUUCAUCGGGCUUGCUGUCAUGUACUUUCUGCCCUCAAGCCCAAUGGACUGCACAUUUCUAUCCGACCGUCACCGGUUCAUCGCAGCCGAGCGCAUCAACAGCGAAUACAACGAUGCACGAACAAAGACGCACCGAAUCACGAAGAAAGAUGUGUCUCGUGGCAUCUUCAACAUCAACAACGCAAUUUGUGGAUUUUCAUUCAUGUUUGCCAAUGUUGCAGUGCAAUCGCUCGCGCUUUUCAUGCCAACAAUCCUCGCAGCAAUCGGGUAUAAGUCCAUCAAAGCACAAUUAUAUACUGUACCAGUCUACACAGUUGCUACGGUGGUUUCACUAUUUAUGUCCUGGUUGAGUGAUCGCCUGCAGAAGCGCGGAGUGUUUAUCUCUGCCGGCGCACUUUUGGCAAUGACUGGAUAUGCAAUCCUCAGCUCCGCAAACGACCCGAAUGUCAAAUAUGGCGCGGUGUUUAUUGCGGCUAUCGGAAUCUUCUUCAUCGGAACCACCGUGUUGGCCUGGUCCCUCAAUAAUGCAGCGGGGAGCUCUAUUCGAGCGGUGUCCUCUGCCUUUGUGGUCGCCAUGGGGAAUUUUGGUUCGGUGAUCGCCACUUGGUCGUACCUUCCCUCAGAUGCUCCAAGAUAUAGGAAGGGCCAUUUCAUCAACAUGGGUGCCGAAAUCGUCGUGUGUCUCCUUGGAAUUGCAGGUAUCGUGUAUGUAAGGUGGGAAAACAAACAAAGAGACCUGGGCAAGCGCGACCAUCGGCUGCAGGGCUUAACGACUGACGAGGAGAUUGAGGAGCUAGGGUAUAGACAUCCGAGCUUCAGGUAUAUGGAAUGA